AUGAGUGAAAACGAAUCACUAAUCGAGUACUUCUGUACAAAAUAUCCCAAAGUGGUUAUUAAAAAACCCAUCAACCCCUCAUGGUUUCCGCUACUUAAUUUAGUUUUUGUGAAAAACGUUGAAAAAUUAGGAGAACUGAACAGAUUUCUGGAAACUAUUUCAGAACCGAUCAAUCCAGUGAGUGAGAAUAUAUGGGCCUUCACUAAGUUUGGCAAUCCAAACGAGAUAAAAGUGGUGAUAGUAGGACAAGAUCCUUACUUAACACCAGAGUUAGGGGAUUCCAUAGGCUUCAGUGUGAAUAGUUCCAUCAGUGAUAUUCCACCGUCGUUGCAGAAUAUUUUAGACGAGGUGUGGGAAGAUGUGUCCAACUCCAUGUACGCUCCAUCUCUGAAAGGGUUUCCACCACAACACGGAUGUCUGGAAAAUUGGGCUAAGCAGGGUGUUCUCCUCUUAGAUUCUGUAUUAACAGUGACCCACAAUGCUCCCCAGUCUCACCGAAAUAGAGGCUGGGAGGAAAUAGUGGGUUCGAUGCUGACGGAAAUACAAAAUAUCGCGAAAAACAGUGAAGAAUUCGUUAUUUUCAUGUUGUGGGGAAGAGUUGCAUGGCAAAUGGAAAGCUAUGUGGAUACAAGUGGAGAUAACAAGGUUCUCAAAGCAGGUCACCCUUCCCCUAAUAACGAACUUGCUGAUUAUAGAGGGUGUAGGCAUUUUACAGCAGCUAAUUAUAUUCUUGAGCAAGCCGGAAAACAACCAGUGGACUGGUCGUUGUAG